CCGCGGCCCCGCAAUCUCGGUACCAUGGACCUAGCGCAGGCCACGCAGGCGGGCGAGCAGGUGGCAGAGAAGCUGCUCGGGUAUCGGCGGGACCCGUCGGGCUGGAAGAUCUGCAGGGAAGGCAAUGGAGUGACAGUUUCCUGGAGGCCAUCUAUGGAGUUCGCAGGGCACCUGUACCGAGGAGAAGGGGUUCUGUCUGGGACACCGCAGCAGGUGUGGCAGUGCCUGAAGCCAGGCGGUAGGAGCCUGCGGGAGAAGUGGGAUGAGAAUGUGAGCAGCUUUGAAAUCAUACAGAGCUUCUCAGAUGCACUAAACAUAACCAGAACUGCAACCCCUUCAGCUGCCAUGAAGCUGAUUUCUCCCAGGGACUUUGUGGAUGUGGUGCUGGUCAAGAACUAUGAGGAUGGGACCAUCAGCACCAGUGCCACACACGUGGAACACCCACUGUGCCCCCCGAAGCCGGGCUUUGUGAGAGGAUUUAACCACCCAUGCGGCUGCUUUGUUGAACCUCUGCCAGGGGAGCCCGACAAGACCCACCUCGUCUCCUUCUUCCAGACCGACCUAAGCGGCUUCCUCCCACAGAGCGUGGUGGACGCCUUCUUCCCACGCAGCAUGGCCGAGUUUUACCCCAACCUUCAAAAGGCUGUGAAGAAAUUCUGUGACUGACUCUCACCUGCUGAUGAGGAGCACAGGGAGCUCCCGGUGCCAGUGCGGGCCCCCGGGAGCUGCUGGUCCCUGUGAGACACCUGCCAGGAGAAUGCUCCUCGGAGUGCAGCCGGGCCCACCACACCAGUGCCACGCCACUGCCACUCAAGGCUGGCCCCAGAGCAGCGACAUGCAGCCAGGUGGUCCAGGCUCUGGCCAUCGCACAUGCACCGAGCUCGAGCACCAUACGGCCCAGCGGCCAUGUCCCCUGUUCUUUGGGAAAUGCUGUCUGUACUGGACACAGUCACCGUCUUCUUAGUGCCUGGGAUUCUGCACUGUCUACCUGCGUGCGUUCUUCUUGCACACACCCUCCUCCAUUCCCUGUCUACGUCUUUAAUACUGCCUAAGACUUUGGCCCCCCCACAAUUUGGAGAAAUUAGAGUUUCAACCAUGGGAAAAGAAUUAAGGAAAGGCUCUCUCAAUUGUCUUCUUGAAGUUCACUCUGUGGGAUUGGUUUUCUUCCAUCUUCUUUCCUGCUGUGAGUGACUAUGUCCCCAGAAAGCCAGGGUUUGGAUCUGCAGCCCUGGGGUGAGUGCUCUUUGUGGGUGAUUCUAAACUGAGCCACUGCUCCUGUUUGCCCAUGGGGAGAAGCCUGGCAUCUGCUUUCCUUUGUCAUUUGUCAGAGGCUGGGUAGGGAGUACACACGUGCCUUCGCCUGGAAGCGUGGCCAUGUUGCCUGGAAGAGGCUGGAUGGGAAGUGGGCACUCCAUUGCCUUUGCUUUUUUUCAGACAGGGGACACAGCCAGA